AUGGCGUCCAACGAGCCGAGCUACGACGACUACGUCGAGCGCAUCCACUACUCGGAGCGCUACUCAGACGACAAGUGGGAAUACCGCCAUGUCAUACUGCCCAAGCCGCUGCUCAAGCUCAUCCCCAAGACCUACUUUGACCCGGAGGAGCCGGGCGUGCUGCGGAUUCUGAGCGACGCCGAGUGGCGCGGCAUCGGCAUCACGCAGAGUCUGGGCUGGGAGCACUACGAGGUCCAUGCUCCAGAGCCACACAUUCUGCUCUUCCGGCGGGCAAAGGACUUUGGCGAGAAGAAUCUGCGCCAGCACUGA